UCCCAAAUAUAACAAUAUUAAAAUCAAUUUUGUUUGUCCUAACUUGCUAAGAGCCUUCGUUUUCUAGCCUUUGUUGACCGAACCCACGCUGACCUUCUAGAUAUUCUCCUUCUCGUUUUCUCUUCAACGCCCCUCUCUCUACAAAACCAGGCCUCCAUUGUUUUCUGCUCUUACUUUUCUUCCACAUUUCCAUUUCACAAACGCUAAAUUUCACUCUUAUUUACUCCACUCUUAAAUACUACUUCCAAAAUCGGAGUUUUUCUUUUUGCAGAAAUCGUUUUCUAGGGUUCCUAGAUUCCUUCCUUUUGCUCAAUCUGCAAUCAUCCCCUUCUUAUCAAGUUAUCACAGAUUCUCUGCCGUAACCCUCAAAGAUUCAAACCUUUCCCCCCUUCUGCAAAGACAAAUCAUGCCGCCUUUUCAAGGAUCGAAGGCGCGUUUGAACGGCGCUCAUCACGGUUCCAAUUCGAACGUGGUCACAAUCGAUGUGGGCGGCCAGCUUUUCCAGACGACCAAACAAACCCUAUCCUCGGUCGGCUCCAAAUCCUUCUUCUCGAAGGUGGUUUCCGACUCCAAUGGCGCAAUCCCCUUCAUCGACAGGGACCCCGAGCUCUUCUCUCUCUUCCUCUCCCUCCUCCGCACCGGCAACCUCCCCUCCAAGGCGAAAUCCUUCGAUAUGCAGGAUUUAAUCUUCGAGUCCCGCUUCUACGGCAUCGAGGAUCUCCUCAUCAACUCCCAAUCAAACCCUGCCCAAUUCGACGCCUUCAACCUCGAGAAAUCCCUAAUCCUGCCGCUCAGCGGCCGCGAUUCGCCUUCGGCGAUCGCCACCACUCCCUACGGCUCGCUCCACGUCGCCCACGGCAGCAAAAUCACCUCCUUCGAUUGGUCGCUGCGGCGGAAAUCCACGAUUCUCACCCAAUUCAUGGCCGUCGAUUCGUUGCUGGCGCUCUCCCCCUCCCUCGCCGCCGCCGGCGCCACCGACUUCUCCGGCCUGCAGAUCCUCGAUCUCGAUGAAGGCACGGUCGCAGACACCCUAAAUUGGGAGAACGUGACUAGGUCUGGUUCAACAGUGCAAGCCAUCGGCGCAUCAAAUGAGCAUUUAUUCACCAGCUUCGAAUCGAGCAGGAGAAAUUCAAACUGCAUCAUGGUGUACGAUCUCAGAGACGAUCUCCGCGCCGUCACCACAAUCGGCCAUUAUGAAAUCUUCGGCGCCGAUCUCGAUUCCGCCAUUCCGGCCACUAAAUUGCAGUGGAUUCCGAACCAUAAUCUGCUGAUGGCCUCCGGCUCUCACAGCGGACCUUCCGGAGUUUCCGGCAACAUCAAGUUUUGGGACAUUAGGUCAGGCAAUGUAGCUUGGGAGAUCAAGGAAAAAGUCGAUUGCUUUGCGGAUGUCACAGCUUCGGAUUCACUAUCCUCGAUGUUCAAGGUUGGUGUGAGCACAGGCGAAGUUUUCAUGGCGGAUUUGAGGAAUUUGGGGGCGGAGAGCUCUUGGCUCUGCCUCGGUGAUGGGAGGAAGGCGGCGAAUGGGAAGAAGGAAGGGUUGGGGUGUAAAGUGGAGAGCCAUGGGAGCCAAGUGUUCUGCAGCAAGGGAGGCGAUCUUGAGCUGUGGUCUGAGGUGUUGAUCAAUUCGCGGGAAAAACGCGGUGAUGAGAGGGUUUUCAGGAAGACUUUGAUGGGGAGAGUGAAGGAUUUGGGAGGGGAUAGGAUUGGUAGAUUGUGUUUUGGAGGGAACAAGAUGUUUGUGACGAGGAAGGAUCAGCAGUGUGUGGAGGUUUGGAAUUCGGUUAACAGCUAGCUUUUCUGAGUUCUUACAGUCUGGUGUUUGGAAAUUGUAUAGAUUGGUUGAUUUCUUGAUGCAGAAUUGGUAAAUGUAAUGCUUACAUAAAGAUGAAAUCUUGGAAAUUUUUUUGGAAUCCCAUCUUGUUCGUUUAUUUGUCUGAGAAAAAAUGAGGUGGAAUGGAAAGCAACCAUGACUGGAUUGAUCUGUAAAGUGAGUUGCUUUUGGCAUAUUUUAGAGAAAAAGUGGAUGCUUGAUCAGUUGUAA